UUAUCUGUGGCCUGCAGCGCCAGCAGCAAACCACACUAAAACAUCAUUUAACGCUCAGUUUAUUGGAACAUUUUCAUCUGUUCGGUUUGUUUUCAGUGCUUCGCUUUUCUCUGCUAUUGCAUGUGUAGUGUCUGUAAUUUCCCCCUCCGAAGCCAUGUUGGGGGGGCGUUUUUUGCAGGAUUUUCCCUCUGCUAAAUUUUUCCCCUUUGCAGCAUCGGUAGCACAGAGCCAGCCUCCAACCCGACUGCGCCGUUCUGUCACUGCCUAGCUGGUUUUCUUCUUCUUCUAAGGUUAGGAGGGAAAAUAUUAUUAAAGGCAAGGCCGAAACUCAACCCAGCGCCUUCCUCGAGCAAGCGUCUCGCGCUCGGCUGAUUCACGUCUCAAACGGCGCAAACAGAGUAAAAUGUCAGCCAGAGGAGGAAAGAAGAAGGUCACCAAGCUGUCCCGAUCAUCCCGGGCAGGUGUCAUUUUCCCGGUGGGGAGGAUGAUGAGGUACCUGCGUACCGGCACGCACAAAUACCGCAUCGGCAUGGGGGCACCGGUCUACAUGGCAGCUGUCAUCGAGUACCUGGCAGCUGAGAUUUUGGAGCUGGCAGGAAAUGCAGCCCGAGAUAACAAGAAGGGUCGAAUAACGCCGCGACACAUCAAGCUGGCUGUGGCCAACGAUGAGGAGCUCAACCAGCUUCUGAGGGGAGUAACCAUAUCCAACGGGGGGGUUCUGCCUCGGAUCCACCCGGAGCUGCUCUCUAAGAAGAGAGGAAGCCGGGUGAAGACGGACAGCCAGACGUCCGCCCCUGAAAAACAGGAGGAGCGCUCAAAAAGCAAGAAGCCCGUCAAAGCCAUCAAGAAGGUCAAAGGCAAGCGAGGCCGCCGGCCUAAGGGCGCUGACAACGACAGAGACUCAGUAGCAACGUCUGCCAUGGAGGACGGGCCUGGAGACGGAUUCACCAUCCUGUCAGCCAAGAGCUUAUUCCUCGGACAAAAGCUGUCACUAACAGAGAGUGAAAUCAGCAAGAUCGGCUCCAUCAAGGUGGAGGCCAUAAUCAACCCAACCAACGCAGAGAUGGACCUCAAAGACGGAGUGGGAGGCGCGCUGGAAAAAGCUGGAGGCAGAGAAUUCCUGGAGGGAGUGAAGGAGCUGAGGAAAGCACAGGGCCCCCUGGAGGUGGCAUCAGUGGCGGUGAGCCAGGCCAGCGGGAUGGCGGCCCGCUUCGUCAUCCACUGCAACGUCCCUCAGUGGGGCUCAGAAAAGUGCGAGGAUCAGCUGGAGAAGUCGGUGAAGAACUGCCUCACAGCAGCUGAGGAGAAGAAGCUGAAGUCUGUGGCUUUCCCUUCACUCCCAGCUGGACGGAACGGAUUCCCCAAGCAGACGGCAGCUCAGCUCAUCCUCAAGGCCAUCUCCAACCACUUUGUGUCCUCCAGCAGCUCGUCUCUGAAAAACAUUUACUUUGUUCUGUUCGACAGUGAGAGCAUCGGCAUUUACCUCCAGGAAAUGGCCAAGCUGGACACCAAGUGAGGGUUGCAGGUGUGGGGUGGGCGGGGGGGGGCUUGUUUUUCUAACUGUUGCUCAUGUUGUGAGUAGGGUUGGGCACCGAUUGGGUUUUAUGUGGUUCUGGUGCCAAAGCGGUUCUUUGGUUUCGGUUUCUAAUAGGUGCCCUUUUCGGUACUUCAGUGAUAAAAAUGAUGCCAACAUCUUUCAAAGUCAACACAUUUUCAUUCCCAAAUCACGUUUGAUUUAAGACCGUCAUGUCAAACAAUGACGUUUUGGGUGUCCUCAGUUUUUCAACGUGCCGGCUGUUCCCAUUAAAUCAGAGCUCCACAACCUCCGAGCCACAAACCUGCGGCCCGCCACUCUCUCACCGCACAGCGAAUUCGCUGCUCGCCACCUGUCAUGUGAUCCUGAGCUAAUCUCGGGGUUACCGUGGUUUUAACCUCGCUCCGCUGUUUCUGCGACUGUUACUGAGUUUGAAGGCUGUCCUGCAUUAAUCCGGGGAAAAAGGGGACCUUUUUGUUUUUUAUUGUCUCCACGAAAACAAGUAAAAUAUCACAGUGAGGAGAACCGAGCUGGCUGCCCGCUCCCCGGGGUCCCUGCCACAGUCCGGGAGUCUGUCUGGCUGCAGCCAGAGAACCGUCGCACUGUGACAGGACGCUCGUAUUGGGUUAGUAUUUUAGGGUCACUGAAAACAUCACGUGCUUAAAGCCGAGUUCCUGAUUGGCUGAUGCGACGCAGUGACCUGUCAAACUUCAGCAUCUGCUGUGAAAUUAUGGAGAGAAAAUCGACUCACUCCGAUUUGCGGAUGCUCAAUUCAUGAUUGGUGCAUAAAUUAGAAUUUGUGCGUGCAUAUUCUUGAUUUGUGCAUGCAUAAUUUAGGAUUUGUGCAUAACUUUUAAUUAAGUUUAAAACGGCUGUUAAGAAAACUCUGAUGAACGAGCAUUCUAGUAGUAUGUAAACGCAUCACUUACAGACGAAUCUCCGAGACGUGAAAUAAGUCUCACUAUAGAUUUGUGUGUAACUGAGGUUUUGUGUGAGUAAGAGGUGAUCUGUGUGUCAUUUUUUUUAAAGAUUUGCAUGUGUAAUUAGUUUCAAGCUGUUGUAAUUUUAAUUUGUGCAUGUGUAAAUGUUUUUUUUUUAUUUUGUAAUUUUUUUUUUUUUACUUUUGCACAAAACGUAAUAUAUGAGUUACAAAUCAAGAAUGCUCGCACAAAUCCUAAUUUACGCACAAAUCAAGAAUUACGCUCAUACAAAUCGGAGUCUAUUUUCUCUCCACAUAAAUGCAGCCAGACAUUCAAACGCUGGGCGGCGUGCGCUCGUCAGCGGUCUUGUAUGAGCCCGCCCACUAUCGCAGGGAAGGCAGGGAUUGGCCAGAACUUCAACGACUGAAGAGAGUAGGAGUGAUUGACAUCUCCACGACCAACAGACUUUCACUCACACUUGGCACUGAAAUGCGGCGCCGUUUGCAGCAGCUGCUUUCGGUUCCGGUAGAACAGCGUAAAUCCUAACGGUUCCUACUUGGAACCGAACUUCGGUGCCCAACCCUA